AUGAGGCCCGUAAGUGAACAGCCUGUACCCGUGCUUCUAUAUGUGAGUGGUGAUGAGCCAAUUUCGAGUCUCCAAGUGGCAACCGGCAAUGCGUCGGACAUAGCGUCCGCGCUCCUUCAGGAUGAUACACCUUUUGACAUGAUGGCCGGCUUGGGGCUAGCCCCGCGGGGCAAAUCUUAUCAGGACCCACAUACUUCUGGCGGGGUGGGUGAUUGGCCGCUGACUAUGGAAGAUUUGUUCCGGGAGGAACAGGUAGCGUUGGACGAUGCGGUUGCGGACCGCGAUGUCAGUUGGCAGGCAUACCAGCAGCUGAGAGAAAUUCAACAGGAUAGUGACAACGUUGAGUUGGCUACGAGCAGCGGGCCUGGUUCUGGAACCGUAGGAGUGGUCUGA